AUGGACUUCAAUUCCUGUAGCUAUGCCUUUGUUGUUGAAGAUGGUGCAUUUAAUUUCUCCGCAACUUACCUUCAAGAUUUUAAACCAAUGGUGCCGAUGGUGCUUGAUUGGGAAAUAAGGGAUAAUGAGACUUGUGAAGAAGCUAAAAAAAAUCAAACAAGUUAUGCAUGUGGACAAAAUACUACUUGUUAUGACACAGAAGAUGGUAAUGGGUAUAUCUGCAAGUGUUCAGAGGGUUACGAACGAAACGCAUAUCUCUUAGAUGGUUGCAAAGACAUAGAUGAGUGUGCAAAUUCUAACCAAUGUGUAGACGAAAGCUAUUGUUUAAACACGCCACCUGGGAAUUAUACGUGCUCUUGCCCCAAGAGAUACCACGAUGAUGGCAAAACAGAUGGAACAUGUUGCACUGCCAAUCCAGAUUUUGUGCUUCAUAUUGUGAUUGGUUGUUGUUUGGAAACUCAAGUCCCUUUACUAGUCUAUGAAUUCAUCACCAAUGGCACUCUCUUUGAGCAUAUACAUAACCAAAUCAAGGCAUCUAAUUUGUCAUGGGAAAAUCGUUUGCGAAUAGCUACAGAAACUGCUAGAGUAGCACAUUUGCAUUAUGCAGCAUCGAUUCCAAUCAUUCACGGAGAUGUUAAGUCUACGAAUAUACUCUUAGACAAUAACUACAUUGCAAAAGUGUUGGAUUUUGGAGCAUCGAGGUUGGUUCCACUAGACUAA